AUGGAAGCUGAAAACCACACAGAAGCAUCACAAUUCCUCCUCCUGGGUCUCUCAGAUGACCCUAAACUGCAGCCCCUCCUCUGUGGAGUGUUCCUGUGCAUGUACCUGUUCACUGUGCUUGGAAACUUGCUCAUCAUUGUGGCCAUCAUCUAUGACUCCCACCUGCACACAGCCAUGUACUUCUUCCUCUCCAACCUGUCCUUUAUUGAAAUCUGUUUCACCUCCACCACGGUCCCAAAGAUGCUGGUGAAUGUCCAGGCACAGAGCAAAGACAUCUCCUACAUUGGGUGCCUCAUUCAGGUGUAUUUUGUUAUGAUAUUUGCUGGAAUGGACAGCUUCCUCCUGACUGUGAUGGCCUAUGACCGGUAUGUGGCCAUCUGCCAACCCCUGUACUACAUGGUCAUCAUGAACCCACGCUUCUGUGGCAUUCUGGUUCUGAUAUCUUGGCUCAUCAUUUUCUGGGUCUCCCUGCUUCACAUUCUACUGAUGAGGCGGCUGACCUUCUGUGUAGGCACUGAAAUCCCACAUUUUUUCUGUGAACUGACUCAGAUCCUCAAGGUGGCCUGCUCUGACACUCACAUCAAUAACAUCGUCUUGAAUGUGGCUACUGCCCUCCUGGGUGUGAUUCCUCUCACAGGAAUUCUGUUUUCUUACUCUAGGAUUGUCGCCUCUGUAAUGAGAAUAUCCUCUGCAGGAGGGAAAUAUAAAGCAUUUUCCACCUGUGGGUCUCACCUCUCUGUGGUCUCCUUGUUCUAUGUGACAGGCCUGGGGGUCCACCUCAGUUCUGCUCUGACCCAUUCGUCCCUACAGAACUCAAUUGCCUCAGUCAUGUACACUGUGGUCACCCCCAUGCUGAACCCCUUCAUCUACAGCCUGAGGAACAAGGAUAUGAAGGGGGCUCUGAGAAGGCUCUUCAACCUAGUAACAUCUUGUCUGUGA